UUCUUUGUUGCGGUGGCCAAUGGGGGCGCUCGGAACGUCGGCGGCUGCCGGGUAACAUGGUUCCAUGUCAGAGAGCAACACUUGAUCAUGGAACAUGGGCUGAGGCCGGGGCGGCCGAGGCAUCUGCAGAGGCAGCAUCAGCCGCAGCCGCCGGGAGAAGCUCCAGUGCAAUGAAUAGCUGCGCGAGCAGAUUCUGCCUGCAAGAGGAGAGACCCGCUGGUGAUCUGCUUGGCUGCUGUUAGCAAGCAACUUCAUGCCAACCUGAUUCCUUGGGGGGUGGGGGAAGAGGGGAUGGGGAGUGCUACCUGGUUGGGACACUGAGCUGUCCGUCUCUUCCUGCUUUGCCCCGGAGAGGUGCCUCUCGUCCCUUUGAAGGCUCAACGAUGACGGGGUCCAGCUCCAAUGCUUCCCGCCACCCUAAAGGAGACAAAGGGGGCCGUUCGAGGAGCUCACACGCCCGGACGGUUGGCCUUGCCAACAGCGGGGGCUCGGAAGAGGAAGACAAAGAUGGAGGGGUGGUUUUCCUCGUCAACAAAAGUGGCUUCCCUAUUGAUGGGAAGACCUGGGAGAGGAUGUGGGGCCAUGUGGCGAAGGUGCAUCCGUCAGGCAAAGAGGUGGUGGAGACCAUAAGAAAUGCUGACAACCUUGCAAAACCUUCAGUGCCAAUCUUGCCAAGCUACAGGGCUUCCAUGACCAUCCCUGAGUGGCUUCAGGCAAUACAGAAUUACAUGAAGAUGCUGCAAUACAAUCACACAGGGACUCAAUUUUUUGAAAUUAGGAAAUCAAGACCUCUAAGUGGGUUAAUGGAAUCGGCAAAAGAAAUGACCAGGGAAUCUUUACCUAUCAAAUGCCUUGAAGCAGUUAUCCUGGGGAUAUACUUAACUAAUGGGCAGCCUUCAGUGGAACGAUUCCCAAUCAGUUUUAAAUCCCACUUCUCAGGGAACAAUUUUCAUCAUGUGGUGCUUGGAAUUUAUUUCAAUGGUCGAUAUGGAUCUCUGGGCAUGAGCAGAAGAUCAGAGCUGAUGGACAAACCUUUGAUUUUCCGAACUCUGAGUGACCUCAUCUUUGAAUUUGAAGACUCCUACAAAAAGUAUUUACACUCUGUGAAAAAAGUGAAAAUUGGAUUGUAUGUCCCCCAUGAACCACACAGCUUUCAGCCCAUCGAAUGGAGGCAGUUGGUGCUCAACGUGUCAAAGAUGGUGAGGUCAGAGAUAAGGAAGGAGCUGGAGAAAUAUGCCAGAGAUAUGAGAAUGAAGAUUUUGAAGCCCGCAAGUGCCCAUUCUCCAGCCAAGCAGAGAACACGGGGGAAGUCCCUCUCCCCCCGAAGAAGACAAACCAGCCCUCAGAGGCGGCCCUGCCGAAGAGACAAAUCGCAGAAACUGAAUCCUAUCCAACGGACUGGAGUCUUCAGGCCCGCUGCGCUGGAUAAGAAAGUGGGCGAGCUCUCAACACUGAACGAUGUCGGCUACCAGCUCCGCAUCUGACAAAGCCGGAAGCCAAACGAGACAGCUUCCAGGGUGCUUCUUCCUGAAUUUUACCCUGCGAUCUGUGGACAAAGGGGUGGAAAGAGGGAGCUGCGACUAUUUAUUAUGAACACAAGGAUUUUAUUUAAGAUCCUAGGAAUUAGGGGUCCUAGUAGUGACAGUGGUGGGUUUUUUAUUUUUAUGUUUUAUUUUUCAAUUUGUGAAGUGGGAAUCAAGGAAAAGGGGGAACGGGGAAAACUUGUUUUUUUGUCUACAAUAAUGUUGUUACUCUCCAACAAGCUGGAAAGGGGAGAGGUGAUGUGGUUGUGUGGCUUUGGUCCCCCCCCCCCCCCGGUCUGGAUUGAAAUAAUUGUUUCCGUAGUGGCUGUUUUGCAUUGGAGCUCGGAGCGUUGUGUGGUGUCUGUCGGGUUUUAGAAACUGGCGACGAUGAAAGUAUAUCCCCCCCCUCCCGGCAGUGUCGGAAAGGGCUGGGGUGUGGUCGGUUGCUUGCGAGUCAAAGGAAGCCAUAGUCCAGCGGGAACUUUCGUUGCACGACUUCCAUUGGAAUUAAUGGGAUCUGAGCAAACCCCCCUCCCCAUUUCAGUGGAGCUCAAUGGAAGAGGAAGAGGCCAGCAGGCUAAUUUGUCUCUCCGGUCUGUUGUUUAAAUGUGACAUUCAGCAAUAAAAACAACAAGAGCAGCAGUCCGGAAAAGUUA